GAGAGAGAAAGAGAGAGGGAGAGACGAAUCUGCAUGGAAAAAGAAAAAAAGAACAAAAAUAAAUAAAUUAUUAAAUCGUAUCGAUUCUAACUUACAUAGUUCAUUAACGAUCUUGACCUAACUCAUCAUGAUAAUAGCUCAAAGAUGCUACUCAAUUGGAUUUUAUCGUUUAUUUAUUUAAUCCGAUCGUAUUUCACGAGUUACUCUCCCAUUUAUCGAGUACUACAUGGCGUACAAGUCGUUAUUCGUAUUACGACUUUGAACGAGGAUGUAUCGGGAGAUUGAAACGUUUUAUUUUAAUCGACUUUUUGAUUUUCAAAUGCAAAAGGUAGAAAAGAAAUAUAUAUUUUGAUCGAUUGUGAAAUAAAAAUUUUUCGUAAGGAAUCUUUCGUCGUUGUGUUGAUAUUAAAAUCGAUCGAUCGUUAAACGUUAAACGAUCACAAGAAAGAUUGUUUCCCACGGAAAGCGAAUGGACGACGAAGAAGUAAGAGUUCAACGACCUUGUUUGAUGUAAAGAGAGACGUAAAGAAAACGAGAAAGAGAGAGAGAGAGAAACUGAAGUGUGUAUAAGAGAAAAGAAAGUGUUGAAUUAAAUAAAAUUUUCCUCUCUCUCUCUGUGUUCCACACACACAUAUAUACACGCGCACAUACACACACACACAGUCCUUCGAAAUUGAAUGGAUGGAAUAAAAAAAGAAAAAGGAAAGAGAAAAGAAGAGCUAACUAACGUCUUAUCGGUAUACUCGAGGAUAUUCAACCUCCUGAACUCUCUGGAGGGCUAAUUUUAAGACAGGAUCCUUGAGAAGAAGUAAGGCAUUAAACUGAGGAAUCCUCGUGAGAUGAUCAUCGGUCAUGGCGUCUUUAAGAAGAACGAUUCCAAACGUGAUUCUUCUCCUUCUUCUGUCAUUUUUAGCUACAAUGACGGAACGUGGUAUAUGUCGGCUUAUAGUACCUACGAGUCCCUCGUAUUUUUUAAGAACGACGAAGGCCGUCAAAUUGUCAAAUGGAAAUAUGGAACUCGUUGAAGAGGAACAAUGUUCCAAUCGAGUUUUACGUUUAACCUGUAGAUCUCUCAAAGCUUUCAUUUUCGUAUUGGAAGCGGAAUAUCAAUCUAAUCGAACUGGUAUUUGUGGAUACGAAUCGCAAAGACUGAUGAUAGGACAAAAGAAGAAAUUCAAAUUGGGCAUUAAAAAUUCAUAUGUCAAGGACACGAGACAAUUACGUGGAAAUUAUAUCAAAGACGACGAUGAAGAAGAUAGAUAUCUGUUCGACGUUAGGGCUUCCUUCAACAGAAAAUGUUCCGGUCAGCAUCAUUGCCGGUAUAAUUUAAGCAGCGAUCAUCCAGGAACGACCUAUUGGCAUCCCGCUGCUUUAAGAUUAAAGUACGCUUGUGUUCCUGAGGUAGCGGUUUGUAAAUAUUGCAAUGUGGAAGUAAGAAUACCCAAAGGGAACGAAGGAGGUUAUUUAAAAUCCCCAGGAUAUCCAUUGUAUUAUCCAGGUGGUUAUUCCUGUGGUUGGACAUUCAAAUCAUCACCUGGUGAAAGGAUUAUCCUUACCUUUCACGACCUGAAUAUUCGCAGUCCAGAAGCUGAUGGAAGUUGCAUAGACGUCGUGAGAGUUCGAGAAAAAGGAAAUACUUUGUUCGAACGUUGCGGCAUCGCCGCUGGCAUUAAAAUUGUCUCUAAUUCGAACCUUGUGACCCUUGACCUAAUAGCCUCGACAAGACUCUAUCCUGCUCGAGGAUUCCUUUUACAAUAUCAAGUGUUGGGCUGUCCGAACAUUUCAGCACCAAACGGAAGCUAUAUAUCGUAUGAUACAGUGACGUCAAGAACGUUCUCGUGUAAAUCCGGGACUGUGUUUCCCGACACAAGAAAAGAGAAUAGAAUACUUGAAUGUAAGAACGGCAAAUGGAACGAGACCAUCGAUAAGCUGCCAACUUGCGUGGCUACGUCCGCGGUAAUUCUCAAGACAGAGAACGAACAUCAUCAUUUAUCGAGUCUCUCGGGUGAUAACGUUCUUGGUGGGGGCGUAAGAAUCGGUAGGGGCGAAGGCGCACUCGCAAACGGAAACGGCCAGGCUAUGGAUUCGGCGCAAUCUGCUAUGAUGAAGCAAGCGGACUACGUCGUAGAUGUCGUAUUACCAACCGUCCUGAUCGCUUUAUUGUUCGUUGGCAAUGCCAUUAUUGUCUAUAUUAUAUUCCAAUAUAGAAAGAGAAAAAUUCCAAUGACGGCGCAAGGAGAAGAGAUGGCCUUGAGAAAUGAAGCGACGGAUGUUCCACAAGUGUGAUUCCAAAGGAGAAGACUAAUUACGUUUAAUGUCAAUUUUGUCGUUCAUGCAGAAAGUUAAUCAAAGGCCUAGUUCAUAUAUACUUCCGGCGAAUAAGAGGCGUCAUUUAAAUGUGAGCGCUCAAAAUGAAACGCUCAUUUUUUUCGCAUCUAAAUAGAUGCAAUGAUGUAUACGCUAUUACGAAGAAAACAUAAAGUGUGUAUAUAUUCUUUAAGAAUUCUCUCAAAAGAAGAAAAAGAAAAAAAAAAAAAAAAGAAAAAAGAAGAAAAGAAGAAGAAAAAAAAAAGAAAAAACAGAAGAGAGAAAAAAUCCAACGUUGCGUACACGUACACCGUGAAUAAUAAUUAAUGCGUGUAUUUAUGUAGAUAUAUGUAUAUACAUAGGCAUGUACAUACGUAUAUGUACAUAUAUACACGUUAUUAUAUAUUUAAAUGGAUAUGAUGUACGGCCAUGACAUUGCGUAUACUUUAACGAAAAA